CAAAUCUAUCUGUAACAAACAGCCGAUCGAGGAGAUGGCCACCACCAACACCAAGCAUCAUUCUAGCCCAUCCUUCAUAUUUCUUCUGUUCUUACCGCUAGUACUUCUCCAGUUCAAUCUUGGAAAAGGCGAUGAUCUCCAGCUAAAUUACUACUCUCAGAGUUGCCCGAACGCAGAAGAGAUCAUCAAACAAGAAGUCACCAAGCUGUACGACAAACAUGGAAACACGGCCGUUUCAUGGAUUAGAAAUCUCUUCCAUGAUUGCAUGGUUAAGUCAUGCGAUGCGUCUCUGUUGUUGGAGACGGUGAAAGGUAUUGAAUCAGAGCAGGCAUCUCCGAGAAGCUUUGGGAUGAGGAAUUUCAAGUACGUUAAUACAAUCAAAGCUGCAGUUGAGAAGGAAUGCCCCAUGACAGUCUCUUGUGCUGAUAUUGUCUCUCUUUCCGCAAGAGAUGGCAUUGUCAUGUUGGGAGGCCCGAGCAUGGAAAUGAAAACCGGGAGGAGGGAUAGCAAGGAGAGUUAUGCGACGGUGGUUGAAGACUACCUCCCUGAUCACAACGACAGCCUUUCACUCGCGCUUUACCGCUUUCAAUCCAUUGGAAUCGAUGUUGAGGGAACGGUUGCUCUUUUAGGAGCUCACUCAGUGGGUCGAGUACACUGCAUUAAUCUCGUAGACAGACUGUACCCCACGGUGGACCCAACUUUGGAUCCGAAGUACGCCGACUACUUAAAAGGCCGAUGCCCAACUCCAGAUCCUAAUCCAACGGCAGUGCUUUACGCAAGAAACGACCGUGAAACACCCAUGAUACUUGAUAACAUGUACUACAAGAACCUGUUAGGACACAAGGGCCUCCUCACGGUGGAUCAACAGCUGGCUUCCGACCCAACAACGUCUUCUUACGUAGAAAACUUUGCCGCUGAUAAUGGCUACUUCCACGACCAGUUCGCCAGGGCUGUGCUCUUGCUGUCGGAGAAUAACCCGCUUACCGGAGAACAAGGAGAAAUAAGGAAGGAUUGCCGCUACGUGAAUAGUGCGUAGUGCUACAAGGAAGAUUCAUGUCUCUUUUAAUCGUAUGUGUUGUUUUAAAAUCGACGUGAGUUUUAAAAUUAUUAUCACAAAAUUAAUAAUAAUUUUAAGAGAAAACUUCAUUUAAGGGUACCAAACUUCUACUAUUUUUUAAAGAAGACACAUGAACUUUAAACAGUUUCAAUUUAGGGUCUUUAUUUUUCGAAAAGUCUCAAUUAGAGGUCAUUCGUUAAGAUUUUAUGUUACAUCCUGUCAAAAAUAAACAUAUAGAAUUUUGAGAAUUUUAAUAGGAUUUAACGGAAAAUCCUAACGUUGACCCCUAAUUGAAACUUUUCGAAGAAUGAAUACCCUAAAUUGAAACGAUUUGAAGUUCAUGUAUCUUCUUUCAAAAACGGUGAAAGUUCGAUAUCCUUAAAUGAAGUUAUUCCUAAUUUUAAAAAUUAUAUCAAUUUAAAAAAAGAAAAAGAAAAAAGAAAAAAAGAAAAAGAAAAAGAAAAAGAAAAGGCAUGAAUCUUUCUAGCAUAUGUAAAAUAGGGACCAACUUCUUGCUGUGGAUGGAGGAAUGCGAUUGUAAGGCGUGAAUCCCUAGGACCCUAGCCAAUUGAAUAUUUGCUUGGGCCAAUCGAUCUGUUGUUGCUACGUCACCAAUAAAGAAACUUGUAAUAUAUGGGCCUAGUGUUGUAUGAAUUAAGAAAGUUUCUAAUAUAUGGAGCUGAAGAUCAUAGUGAUA